AUGGACUUAUUCUUGGUAGUACUUAUCGCUCUCCAGUUCUUUGUAUCCAUCGUCGGAAUAAUUGGUAACGUAUCCGUCAUCAGGGUUGUUUGGUCGACGCGUUCAAUGCACACAACAACAAACUACCUCUUAGCAAACCUCGCACUGGCUGACAUUAUAACACUGUCUACCAACCCCUACCUGUAUAAAUUCGUAUUUGGAUCACUCCACUUUGGUUAUAAUGGCUGGAGCAAUUUGACCAACGAAUGGAUCUGUAGGGUUUUGCUUGAGAACGGUAUAGUAGGAGUUUUUGUGUGUGUUUCUGUUGCCUUACUUACCGUCGUGGCUGUUGAGCGUUACCAUGCCAUGGUGAAACCUUUAAGUCACCGAUUCAGACUUGGGAGAGAACAAGUAUGGAAGGUCGUACUGGUCAUAUGGUUUGUUAGUAUUUUACUAAAUAUCCCAAUUUUCAUCGACGUUAAAUUUGAUCCACAACUAAACGUAUGCAUAUCUGCCUUCGACCUGAAUACUGGAAAAGAAAUAGCUACUUAUCUUGCUUUCUAUCUUGGCAUUAAUAUCUGUAUUCCUGGAUUGAUAAUCACUGCUUGCUAUUUGUCCAUUUUAAAGGGCCUACUCAUAACUAACUCCAUCUGCUCUGAGACUGUUGAAACGAUUCAAGGGCGAGAGGAAAAGAAAAAGCUGGCAAAACUCUUAGCAUCAGUUACGGGCGUCUACUUUAUCUGUUUUGCGCCGUUUGCCAUUUUUAUGAUUUACUUGACCGCCAAGAAAUUCCUAAACAGCCAAGACAAGAAUUCCUCUCCCCUCUUUAAUUAUACGUACUUCGUUCUUACUUCUCUAAUUUUCUCAAACUCAUGUCUUAAUCCAGUGUUGUACGCGUUUCAAAGCUCCAGCUAUCGACGAGGCUUUGCAAAACUUUACACGUGCAAUUGUUUGAAAGCAAGGCGACAGAUUGUACAAGUCGAAUCUUUUAGCAUGGCUACUGACGCGAGAUUAAGAACCCAGCAACAAAGUACGCACAAUCUCUAAGCUUGGGAGGUGAAACUCGACGAGUGGACAUGAUGGGAUCUUUGAGACCAUUUGAAAAAGUAAAUGGUGAAAAUUCCAAAUCAUUUGGCCUUUAAAGGAGCUAUUCCAUCAUCGGCCAUUGCGCAUCUAGUCUGGUUCAGCAUAGUCAUUAGGAAUAGUUAUACGACUGAUAUCCAUCACAGUGGAACAAGGCUAAGAUAGAAUUUUUUUUCGUGUGGCGACAAAUGUAAAGACGAAA